ACUUUCGUUGCUUCGUUCUUUUGUUGCUUUGUGCAUUUUAUUAAAUUCUUUGUCCAACACGCCAAGAACCUGGACAACUCACAGUCACGACUUCCCAUCUGGUAACACUCAUUCCUUUGCAAAAGGUUUCUUGAUCCCUAUUAAAAGGUAAAGGAGUAGCUGAGGGAAAUGCAGCUUUGUGAGGGAAGCCUGGAGCGUGAGAAAUCUGCUCACACUGGAUUCUGUCUCGGGCUCGACAGAGGCUGUCACAGCAGACCCGCGAUGUGACAGGCUCACUGGUGUACACACGGCUGUGUCGGCCAUGGCCCUGUCAGCUACCCUGAAGCUUCAGAUCUACUUCCUGGCUCAGACCGCCUGCAACACACUGGUUUGGCAUCUAGCAGGUUGUGCUUGCAGAACAGCAGGCUGGCUCCCUGCACCUGCUCAGUGGGGCUGGGCCUUAGCAACCUGCCUUGAGGCUGCUCUUCCUUAACCUUUCUCUAACUGGCUUCAUGAAAGUUAAUUCUGCUGGGACCCCACGAGGCAGCGGAGAGCCCACUCUGCCCAUGAUUGGUGCCCUGGGCUGGCACGCAGAGUUUAAUGGAGGAGCCCGGGAGAGAGGGAUGCCUGAGAACCAGGGAUGUGGGCUGGAGCAGUGCCACCUCCUGUAACUCACCCGCGAGCCCAGCCAACCUGCUAAACCUUCCCCACAGAGCCUCAGUCUCCUUAUCUGUAAAAUGGAUUACCUGGCACUUGUCCAGUCUUUCUGCAGUCAACAUCGCCCAGAUUCCAUGCAGAACCCUUUGCAGACUCCUGAGGAGGUGCAGACAAGGAGUGUCCCUGUCCUCAUGGUGCUACAUGAAAAGGGAUCAGGACAGCAUAGUGUGUCCUCUGUCUUGAGAAGUUCGCAUCCAGCUCUGCCAUGGACCAGCCAUGCUCAUGGAUUGCCUCUCGUUUUGCUACGGACAGGAGACAGGAAAAUACUGGGUAGAAGAGGGCGGUUCCCGACAAAGGCCCCAACCUCAAGCCUGAAGACCCACGACCCUAAAUGAGGACAGCCAUUUCUGUUUUUGUGCCCAAAAAGUUGCCUUUUGGCCUGCCACGCCCAACAUCUUGCCCCCAUAUAAACCCGAGACCUUAGCGGGCACACACACAAUCAGCCAAAUGUUGGGAUUAGCAGACCAGUGGACCAGCGGACCAGCAGACCAGUUAACGGUGGAACAACACAGCAGAGAAAGAGAGAAGAGGAGGGAUGUCUGAAUGCCAAGGGGAAUUCGGCCGGGGGCAGUUAGAAAAGUCUGGCUGCUGGGCGGCCCGACUCUAGGGGAAGACUACCUUCCCACUCCAUCCCCUGUUCUGGCUCCCCAUCCAUCUCCCUGAGAGCCACCUCUACCACUCAAUAAAACCUUUCAUUCAUCCUUUGA